AUGGCGACAAACGCGCAAGACCGUCUGGCCAAGCUGUUUGCUGGUCAGACGCUUCCCACAACAACUGCAUCGUCUGAGCCUCACUUCUUUGAGAAAGAAAUCGAGGAGAAGCGAAGCAAGGAUCAAAAGCAACCGAAAUGGCAACUUCCAUCCACUGCAAAAUAUUCACGCCAGAUCCCGAAACCUGUCAAGCCCGCACCAAGCGCUGAGCUGCUCACUAGUUCUGACGAUGAUGAUGACUAUAUCUCUUUAUUCUCGAAGAAACCAUCGAUGAAGACUAUUUCUCAACAGCCACCCGACCCGAAGCAAUGCGUCGAACCUCAAGGUGGCGCUGAGUACAUCCACAAAGGCAAACAGUCACCAAAGCAUUCCUCUCAGGGCACUUCAUCAAAAACAAACAAUAGCAAGUCGUCACACUCAGCGUCCCUUCCGACCACAGACAAGUUCUGUCAGUUUAAUCUUGUAUCCAAGUUUCCUUACAAGUACAUGAACGAUGCGGGUGACAGGGUCUCACGACACUUUUUUGCGAACAAUAAAUUCUUCAAUCGGACUUGGGACUUGUAUUACCUCAACCCACCGUACUCACUCGGCGGAAAGCCUCUUGCCCUGGUACCACACGCUCAAGUUCAGGAUCUUGUCAUGGAAAUCGGAAAAUCAUUCAAGAUCGAUGUCUCUGUGCCCGAAUUCCCUUUUACCCUCUCAUUUCGUGACGAUGGUACUCCGAAACCGCAAUUUCUUGGAGUCUCUCAAUCGAGAGAUGAGGCCGCGGAUCUUCAGAGCGACAUUCCGGCUGCAUUAUUCGACCAUGGUGAAUGUCCAGCUGAAGCUUCAGCCACCCUGAAGAAAAGUUUCAAGGACUUCAAACAGAUGUGUCAGGAGGCAAUGGUCGCGAGCAAAAAGAAGGGUGCUGCUAUCAAGAAGAAGAAGGAAGCAGAUCGCUUGUUGAACGUGGGAGACCUCUACAAGCAGCUCAGACGCUGUCAAAGAUAUCUCGGUUUGCGUCCUCGCACUGGCAGACUCGUUGAGCCUGACCCGAUCUUGUCGUGGUAUCAGCAGGAAGACUUCCGUGUCCGGCAGUUGAAGGAGGCUAGAAUCAUCCUCGACCCGCUCGAUGUCCGUGCCCCUACCCAAUAUCCCUUCGAUAAGGAAACAGUGCUCAUUUCGAUUGACGUCGAGGCAUAUGAGAGAGCCCACAACCUCAUCACAGAGAUCGGAGUCAGUACUUUAGACACACUCGAUCUUGUUGGCGUUCCACCUGGACCAGGAGGUGUGAACUGGAUCGAUCAAAUCCGAUCACGUCAUUUCCGAAUCAAAGGGCGGGAACAUCUAGUGAAUCGAGACUUCUGCCCAGGAAAUCCGGAUGCGUUCCAAUUUGGGGACUCCGAGUUCAUUGAUCUGAGCGAGGCUGCUGCAAAAGUGGACGCAUGUUUCCAGUGGCCCUUUUCAGCCGAGUUCAAGCAUGCUGGACUCAAAGAUCCCUGGGCAAACAAUAUCGGCGAAGGAUCUGCACCUCAAACGCUCCAGACCUCUGUUUUCGGAGGUCUCAACAUAGUUCCAAGCAACAAAGAGCAAGAUGACGCCAAUAGGGCGGCCGUCGCCAGUGUUCUGCCUGGCCCGGGAGAUCCCGUUGCCAUACAACGAGCCAUCGACUUGGAAAAGGCGGUUCGCGACAACUUGGAGGCAACGCGACACGGCCCCAAAGAGCGAAACAUCCUGAUCGUGGGCCACGCAAUCGGCGGCGAUCUAGAAUUCUUGAAGGAAAUCGGCAGCAAGAUCUUCACCCCUACGCGUGGUACUUAUCCGAUUGCGGCUAUGGACAUGAUGGGCACCGGCGAAGGAGCAGCAAAAAUACUGGCAUCUAUUCUCGAAGCGCUCGACACGGGCUCGUUGUAUCGGAUUGUCAAGAGGGAAACCCAAACGCGCAACCUCAAGUCAAUCCUCAGCGAUCUGGGCCGUCCGAGUCUUCACCUACACAACGGUGGCAACGAUGCGCGUUACACUUUGGAGGCGCUUGUUGCCAUGGCUGUGAAAGCGAGGUUGGAGGACGAUCGGGUGCCCCAGAAAGGCCAGUUUAGACUGGCACAGGAUUUCGGUGCCGACGAGUGGAACAAAACUGUUGCAGAGGUCGCCCAUCCAAGCUCGGCUCAGGUUCCAGCUCCGGGCCCCGCCGUCUCUACAUCAAGUCAGCCAGUCACGACGAUGGCCGGUUCGACGAAGUCCAAGAAAGAAGACCUGGACGAAUUCGAGGCCGCAAUUCUCGCAUCGUCCGGGUCCGAAGCUUCCCUGCCACGUCAGACCGACAAGAACCUCAUUGCUCUGGCAGAGCGGAUACGCUUCGAAGACGAUGGGGAGGUCCCAAAGAGCGUGUUCGCCAAGAACUCACGUGCUGGAUGA